GGACGAAGGGCGACCUCUCUGGACCUCACCCACUCCGCGCAUCACGUUUUCCCACUGUGCUCUGAUCUGUAAAAUACACAGGAGCGUUCGCACACUGUCCGCGCUUUGGGGCCUUUCAGUCAGGACCUUUAUUUUGGCACUCUCAGGCCCACAAGGGUCCCUUUCCCCCAGGACCCGACGUGCCCCGUCCCGCCGGGGGACAGCCUCCCGCCGCCAUGUCGCCUGGUGCAAGCGAGCGGCGCGUCCUCCCCUGUGUCCGGGGCGAGGGCCGGGCGCUCGGAGUAGCGGCGCUCAGGGUUGCUGCCGGCGACGGGCUCUGCCUCCCCCGGCUCGCUCCCUCGCUCGUUGCCCGGCGGCUCCGCGCCGAGAGCGCCCCGGGGCCGCCAGGCCGCGCUCACCCCGCUCUCGGCGCGGCGGGGGCGGCGCCUGCCGGCGGAAAGUGCUGAGUCACGGCCCUGACGCGCGGCCGCCGUCACGUGCGGCGCCGGGCUCGGUCCCGCCGCCGCGGCGCCGAGCGCACCCGCGGACCGAGCGCACCAGGCACGGUUGUACUCGCUCCGCUCCGGUUCCGCUCGCUUCCUCGGCCUCCCUCCCUGCCUCCCUCCCUCCCUCCCUGCCAGCCGGCAUGGGGCUGCUGUCGCAGGGCUCGCCGCUGAGCUGGGAGGAGACGCGGCGGUACGCGGAGCACGUGCGGCGGCACGGCAUCCUCCAGUUCCUCCACAUCUACCGCGCCCUGCGCGACCGCCACAAGGACGUGCUCAAGUGGGGCGACGAGGUGGAAUAUAUGUUGGUAAAAUUUGACCAUGAAAACAAGAAAGUGCGUUUGUUACUCUGUGGUGAAGAAGUUCUUCAAACACUGCAAGACAAGGGGGAGAAGGUAAACCCCAAUCACCCAACACUCUGGAGACCAGAAUAUGGAAGUUAUAUGAUUGAAGGAACACCUGGACACCCAUAUGGGGGAACCAUGUCUGAAUUCAACACUGUGCAGGACAACAUGAGGAAAAGACGACAAGAGGCUGCUUCUGUACUCAAAGAAAAUGAGGCUGUUUGCACAGUGACAUCAUUUCCAAGGUUAGGCUGUCCUGGGUUUACACUGCCGGAUUGUAUGCCAACACCAGUAGAAGGAGGAGCUUCAAAAUCGCUCUUUUUUCCAGAUGAAGCCAUCAAUAAACAUCCUAGAUUUAGUACGCUGACCAGAAACAUUCGACACCGAAGAGGAGAGAAGGUUGCGAUAAAUGUACCAAUAUUUAAAGAUAAGAACACGCCAUCACCUUUCAUUGAAACAUUUCCUAAUGAUGAUGGAGAAGCAGCAAAGGCAGCUAAGCCAGACUACAUAUAUAUGGAUGCUAUGGGUUUUGGAAUGGGAAACUGCUGCCUCCAGGUAACAUUUCAGGCUUGCAGCAUUUCCGAAGCAAGGUAUCUCUAUGAUCAGCUAGCUACGAUUUGUCCCAUUGUGAUGGCGUUGAGUGCUGCGUCUCCAUUCUACAGAGGCUACGUGUCUGACAUUGACUGUCGCUGGGGAGUGAUCUCGGCUUCCGUGGAUGAUCGAACGCGCGAGGAGCGAGGGCUGGAGCCACUGAAGAACAACCAUUAUAGAAUCAGUAAAUCCAGAUAUGAUUCCAUAGACAGUUAUCUAUCUGAAUGUGGUGAAAAAUACAAUGACAUUGAUUUGACAAUAGACAAAGAUAUCUACGAGCACCUAAUAAAGGAAGGUAUUGACCACCUUUUGGCACAGCAUAUUGCACACUUGUUCAUUCGAGACCCAUUGACUUUGUUUGAGGAGAAAAUACAUCUAGAUGAUGCAAAUGAAUCCGACCAUUUUGAGAAUAUUCAGUCUACAAACUGGCAGACAAUGAGGUUUAAGCCACCACCUCCAAAUUCAGAUAUUGGAUGGAGAGUGGAAUUCAGACCUAUGGAGGUCCAGUUAACAGACUUUGAAAACUCUGCUUAUGUUGUGUUUGUGGUAUUGCUAACCAGAGUGAUUCUGUCAUAUAAACUGGAUUUUCUCAUUCCUUUGUCCAAGGUGGAUGAAAACAUGAAGGUGGCCCAGAAAAGAGAUGCUGUACGACAGGGAAUGUUUUACUUCAGAAAAGAUAUAUGCAAAGGUGGAAAUGCUGUUUUGGAUGGAUGUGGCUCUGCACAGAAUGGGACAGGCACCGACGCAGAAGAGUACACCUUAAUGAGCAUUGACACAAUUAUCAAUGGGAAGGAAGGAGUCUUUCCUGGUUUGAUCCCAAUUUUGAAUUCCUAUCUUGAAAAUAUGGAAGUCGAUGUGGAUACAAGAUGCACCAUCCUAAACUAUCUGAAGCUAAUAAAAAAGAGAGCCUCUGGAGAAUUAAUGACAGUUGCUCGAUGGAUGAGGGAAUUCAUCGCGCAGCAUCCAGACUACAAGCAAGACAGCGUGAUAACUGAUGAAAUGAAUUACAGCCUUAUGUGGAAAUGCAACCAAAUCGCUCAAGGCCAGGCAGAGUGUCCUGAACUACUGGGGGUGGGAUUUAAUAAGAAACAAAGUGGAAAUAAAACUGACUCUUUGUAAUGAAUGAAUGAAUGCUUCUUAAAUAAUAAAAAGAUUAAGCCUUUUAGCAAAGCACUAGCAAAGAUACUGUGAAUCUGGUACAGUUUCAUGGUGUGAAGACCAAAACAGGGAUACUGCACUAUAACAUGGGCCAAUCUGCCUAAAUAAUCAUUUAAGGCAUCCUGAAAUAGGCAUAUUCUUAUUGUUAAGGUUUAUACAAUAUACAUGUAAAUAGUAAAAUAUUUUUAUGAUUAACAUCAAUGUAUUUUAAUAACAUUGUAACUAAGGUUAUUGUGAAUUAGCUUGUAACUUUUUUAUGCUUAAUAUAGAAAGAAAAAUUGUCAUGAACAGCUUUGUAAAUGUAAUGGUACUUGUAUAUUAUAUGCAUUCCAGUUACUGAAUGUUUACUGUAAUUUUUUUUAACCUGGAAUGUGCUAAUUUACCUUAUUGUGUAAGAAAAAAAAAAUCCUUCUGGAUCUACCUGAAUCACAGAUACUUCUUCCUUCUAUUUGGUUUUGAAAGUAUGUAAGAACAGACAAAUAUAUGUGCAUCCGAGCUGUUGAUCUUACAGUAGUUUCUCAGAUGCCACAAGACCUUCAUCCACUUGUAAACUGUAAAACUCAGAGGAACAGAUCUGUCUUUAGUCAGAUGGUGCAAGUCAGCCUGCCUGCAGAUGCAGUUAUUUUCUUCCCCUCUGAAAUAAGCUGCAUGCUGUCUCAGUUCAAAAAAAUCUGCCCGAUGAUUUCACAAAAAAGUAGUAAUUGGAGAUGUGUCACAAGGGAGGUGGAAAUGAGAGCUGGACAUACAGCUCUCUUCACAAAGGAACCAGAGACGCCUGCUCUGGACUUCAGCCUGCUUGACUGCUCUUCUCCCACCCUGCUGCUGUUCCCAUACUCAACAAUGACUGCAGCACAAAACCAAACUUCUGUCCAUUCUUCCUGAAGGUUGAGUUUCUCAUUUUGUUAAUUAUAAAUAUUUUUGUCCGCAUGUUUAUUUUCUAUAAGGUAAUUUAUGUAGGUGACUGAGAUUACCUACAUAGCUCUAGUUAUGGACAAUUUAAUCCCCUCUAGAAAACAGUUUAAAGAGAAAUUUUGGAAUGCACUAAUCCUUUGAAUUGGAAGCUGGUGCUGGGAGUGACUGUAAUCUAUUUCAAUUCAGCCAUUGCAUCUGUAAAUAAAGCAAACUUAAGGGGCCUUUUUGAUUUAGCUUCUUAACUGAUUUCUAAAAGUGAAUUGCAUUAGGGGUAGAAGAUGCAAAGCUUAUGGAAGCAUAUUAAAAUCCCUAAGAUCUAAUGAUUUUUUUAAAAGAACUGAUGGAGAAACUGCAGUGAGAGGUACACCAAGAAGCUUUUAUGUACUGAAUUACACUUCAUUCUGUGUUCAUAGGUGUGCUUUAGAGAAUAAAAAGAAUACUCUUUCUCUGCAGUGGUGAAUUUGUUUCAGUUAAGAUGUAGGCAUAUGCUAAUUUAGUUUCUGUAAUAAGGAAAUAAAAAUAAAAUUUGCAGUAUGUGUUGGUCA